AAGGAACUAAAAAAAAAGAAAAAAAAGAGAGAGAGAAAAAGAAAAACCCAACCACUGGCUCAACCAAGUGGACAGAUUCUGAAGUGAGAAAAGGGCCAGAGAAGGGGAGGGUUGUAUGGGUGCCCACUUUGGGUCCAGGACACACCGCAUCCCCCCGUUCAGCCGCCACCGCCUCCCUCUCUCUCCUGCUCCCUCUUCCUCCUCCUCCUCCUCCUCUGCGUCUCUCUCAUUCUCCCUCUCUCUCUCUCAUGGGAGUGACAUAGAGGCCGUCUCUCCGUCUUCUGCCCCGCCCCGCCCCCGCCUCGCCGUGGAAACGGCGGCGCCCAGGUAGUGAUGUCGUGGAAGAGGAACUACUUUGCGUCGGGCGGUGGAGCGGUCGCUGGGGUGCAGGGGCUGGUGACCCCGAGAACCAUGACCUCCAUCGCACCCAGCAAAGGCCUGAGCAACGAGCCGGGACAGAACAGCUGCUUCCUCAACAGCGCCCUGCAGGUCCUGUGGCAUCUUGACAUCUUCCGCAGAAGCUUUCGACAGCUGACCACGCACAAGUGCAUGGAAGACUCGUGCAUCUUCUGUGCUCUAAAGAGCAUCUUUGCUCAGUUCCAGUUCAGCAGUGAGCGCGUGCUGCCAUCAGACGUGUUGCGGAGUGCUCUGGCCAAGACCUUCCAGGACGAGCAACGCUUUCAGCUGGGCAUCAUGGACGACGCUGCCGAGUGCUUUGAAAAUCUUCUGAUGCGCAUCCACUUCCACAUCAGUGCGGAGAGCAGAGAGGACAUCUGCACAGCCAAACACUGCAUACCACACCAGAAGUUUGCCAUGACUCUGUUUGAACAGUGUGUGUGUAACAGCUGUGGAGCCACAUCAGACCCCCUGCCCUUCAUUCAGAUGGUUCAUUACAUCUCCACUACAUCCCUCUGUAACCAGGCAGUGAGGAUGCUGGAGUGCAGAGAGAAGCCCACACCAGACAUGUUUGGAGAACUCCUGCGCAAUGCCAGCAACAUGGGAGACCUGCGCAACUGCCCUAGUAACUGCGGGGAGGUGCUGCGUAUCCGCCGGGUGCUGAUGAACUCGCCAGAGAUCGUGUCCAUCGGCCUGGUGUGGGACUCUGACCACUCCGACCUGGCAGAGGACGUCAUCCACAGCUUGGGGACCUGUCUGCGUCUGGGGGAUUUGUUCUACCGUGUGACGGAGGAGAGGGCUCGCCAGGCGGAGCUCUACUUGGUGGGCAUGGUGUGCUACUACGGCAAGCACUACUCCACCUUCUUCUUCCAGACCAAGAUACGCAAGUGGAUGUACUUCGACGACGCCCAUGUGAAAGAGAUCGGCCCUAAGUGGAAGGACGUGGUGUCUCGCUGUAUCAAGGGCCACUACCAGCCCCUGCUGCUGCUCUACGCUGACCCCCGCGGGACGCCGGUGGUAACGCAGGAGAGCCCCAACCCCUGCUCCAGCUCCAACCCGCAGCUGGAUCUCCAGCACUGCAGCAAGGCCGGCUACGACAGCGAGGACUCCGGCCGGGAGCCCUCCAUUUCCAGCGACACCCGUACAGAUUCAUCGACAGACAGCUCCAGCCACCGCGCCUCUCGUAGCAGAUCCCUCCACCAAUCCACGGGCAGCCACCUCUCCAGCGAAUCGCAGACCACGGUGGUCUGUAACUACGACAUCGGCACCCCUCCGCACGGCGCCAGCAGCGGAGAGUCAGCAGUGGAGGGCCCUCCCCGCCCUCCCUCUCCUCCCCUGCAGGAGUACAAGGAGACGGCCGUGUUCCUCCUCUCCUCCCGUCGGCCCCUCACCUCCUCCUCCUCCUCCUCUCGUCCCCUCUCCUCCUCCUCUUCCUCGGGGGUGGGGGGCUGUGAGGGAGGGACUGGGGGACCCCACUGGGAGGAUGAAAGCACCAGCAGUGAGAGCAAGUCCAGUUCUUCUGGAGGGCGCUACAGGCCAGCCUGGAGGCCCAGGAGAGAGGCCCUGAAUAUUGACAGCAUCUUUACCCGCCAGAGAGGCUCUCCUCUGGGCUACAGCACCCUGCCCGGUCCCUCUCUGCCUCUGGAGCCCCAAGAGCCCCUGACUCUUCCUUCGACGGGACCCGCUCCCCCCACGCAGCAAGGGCUGGCGGAGGUGGUGGGGAGGGAGCUGGGUGACGUGGAACUCGGGCCCGGGCUGACCGGGCUGACCGGGCUGCCUGGGUCACUUGGCGGUGGCAGGAAAAUGGGCCCCCCUCCUCCCCCUCCGCCUCUGAGGGGGAUGGAGCAUCAGCCGCGUCUUAUCCAGAGGAUGGAGAGUGGCUACGAGAGCAGCGAGAGGAACAGCAGCAGCCCCGACAGAGAGGUCGGGCAGCAGAAGCGGGUGCUGAUGUCAGGGCCUUCAUGGCGCACAGUGCCCAAGUCAAAGAGUAGCGGUGCCAUCCUGCAGGAGCUGGCUUCACCCAGCUGGAGCAGCAGCACCAACAUAGGCUCAGGGCGUAGUGAGCUGGACGAGCUGCAGGAGGAGGUGGCGAGGAGAGCCCGCCAGCAGGAGCAGCAGAGGCGGAGGGAGGCGGAACGGGAGGCCGCCAUGGGAUUCAACCCUAAACCCAGUAAAUUCAUGGACCUGGACCAGCUCCAACACCAGGCUGUGCUCAGACCCCUGCAUGAGGCUAACGCUCAUAGCGGAUUGGCUGUAGCUGCGUGCAUGAGGAGCGCUGGGGGCCCAAUCAAACGCAGGCAGGAACAGGAAAUGGAGCGGGAGACAGGAAGCGCCCACCCACAGGGGCCUCGCAGUGAACAGCCUGGCCCGCUCCAAAUAUUGCUGACGCCCAAUCAGGAGGAGGAAGAGGACCAGGCGACAGCCAACCAGGACGCCGCUCCGGGCCCCGACCCGCCCCCUCCACCUUACAGGCCCUCUCCUCCUCGGCCCCCGCUCACCCUCAGCCUCCCUCACCCUUGUGCCCCCUCCAGCCAGGAGGAGGAGGAGGGGAGCGAGGGCGCGGGCUCAGCCAGGAGAGGGGAGGGGGGGGAGGAGGGGGCGGAGGGGACCGGGGUGAGGCUGUGCGAGCUGCUGCAGGCGGGGGGGGUGAGCGUCAGACCCCUGGGGAAGCAUUUAGCCAUCUCCCUGCCCUCGCUCCCUCUGCGUCUCUGGGACACACACACCACGCACGCCGACGGCCCGCCCAGGAAACCUCCCACCCCGCUGUGGCAGCCCCCCCGGCCUCGCUCCCCGGCCAACGCCGCCCGCCAUUGGCUGGGCCACGGAGCCGCCCCCGACCCCGCCACGCGCCAUUGGUCCUCCUGGAGCCUGGACCGCCCGGAUGCCGUGGUCACGCCGUAUGACACGCCCCCGGACCGCUGCGUUCCCAUCAGGCCACAGCACCCCAGCCAGAGCUACAGCUACAGCUGCCAGUCUUCCCCCGGGCACUACAGCUCCCAGCAUGCCUCUGGGCCGCACAGUGACCCCUGUGACUAUGAGGAGGCAGAGCUGUCCGAGCUUGAUUCUCUCUAUCAGGCCAGUCUAAUGGCUGGCAAGACAGGCUGUAGCCCAUCAGAGAGGCUCAUCUCCAGGGUGGGAGGGCAGACUCGCUCCCAGACCCCCAACGCAGACAUGGAGAGGAGUGUGUACGGGGCGGACUGCACCAGCACCCCCACCUACCUCAACAAGCCAAUGGUGUUGCGGGAUCUGCGUUUGGGGGCGGAGCCUGCCGACGGGGAAAACCUGCAGCGAAUCGGACGCAGCCUGAGCGGCACGAUGGUGACCUCGCGCCGCAGCCGCCUGACUGCAACACGCAGCUUUGAGCUGUCCAGUGGUGCAGGGAGCUUCUGGCUGUGUCUGACGGGGGUCAAGCUGUCUUCUGACCAGAGUCCCGCUCUGCUUCACUGAUGUCUCCCCCGU